CAUUCACACCACAUUGCAAGUGACUGAAAACAACAUUGUGUUCACCCCUCUCAGGGAAUAUUUCCAUUUUAACAGGGAACAAUCCCUGGACCCACAGGAAUGAAUCCCCAGUGGUGGAGUUUCAGGCAUCAGUGACAGGCUGAACCCAGACUCCCAGGGCACAUGGUUGCACGAGAUGAAUGAUGGCCUGAACUAUGAACAAACAGGACUAUAUGAACACUUGGGUACAGGAGCCCCCUCUUGACUACUCCUUCAGAAGCAUCCACAUCAUUCAAGAUCUGGUAAAUGAGGAGCCAAGGACAGGGCUACGAACACUGAAGCGUUCAAAGUCGGGGAAAUCACUGACCCAGUCCCUGUGGUUGAACAACAAUGUCCUCAAUGAUCUGAGAGACUUGAACCAGGUGGCUUCAAAGCUGUUGGAGCACCCAGAGAACCUGGCCUGGAUCGACCUGUCCUUUAAUGACCUGACUUCCAUUGACCCUGUCCUAACAACUUUCUUCAAUCUGAGUAUCCUUUAUCUUCAUGGCAACAGCAUCCAGCACCUGGGGGAAGUGAAUAAGCUGGCCAUCCUUCCUCGGCUCCGGAGCCUGACACUCCAUGGGAACCCCAUGGAGGAAGAGAAGGGGUAUAGCCCAGGUUGCCCAAGUGUCCUCAGGCAAUUUGAUCCAGUUCCCAGCAGCAAGAGACAGAAGCUGUGGGCUUUGCCCCAUCACCUCUAAACUCCCAGAGACCCCUUACUCCCUAAAAUACACGUUCAGUAUUAAAGAGCUACAAAUACAAAAUGUUUGACAAAUAUAAAACUAUGUAUUUCUAAGGAAAGCUGGCUCCUUAAUGAGACCCAAGUUAGCUUCCUAUGUCUGUCCUCCCAGCUCCACUUCAGAGAGAUCUUCCUGCAGGACAGGGUAGUCUCUUCCCUAUCAGAGGUUAUUCAAGAAGGUUAGUUGAUCACUUCUCAGCCUUUUAGCUAAGAUCAAGUGAAGAACGAGGUUGUUUUCUUGAAAUCUAGACUUAAAGAAGAGGUCAUGCUACCCCCUUCAGAGUAGACAAAUAUCACCCAACUCCCAAAGUAUGAGUGGAGCAUGGGGUAGGCUUGUCACACCUAGGUUCAUCUCUGCGUCAGUGUAACCCAAGAGGCAGGGUUUAACUGUCUAACCUAGCACAGAUACAUAGCAGCCUGCCCAUGACUGGCCACCUGGUCUAGGGGCAUGGCUGAGACAGCCUGGCCCUGUGGAUAACGUACAUGGCUUGGCAUCACAACACCUGGGCUAUAGCAUUUCAGCUUGACUAAAUCACUUAGUUUCUCUGAACUUCUUCCUCACCUUUAAAUAGACAUAA